AUGCGUUUUCUUAGGGAUGUGGUUCACCGCAUAUCAAUAAGGUUGCAUCAUAUUUGUGCCGACAAACUGGAAGUAAAGACAGGCAGUCGAUGCCUGAGGCCUAGCGGGGGAAAUGCAGAGAGCCGCUCCGCCCUUCUGCCUUUUGCCGGCAAGACCAGCUUCUCUUCACAUUGCGUCCUUCUCUUCUCUUCUAUCAACCAUCCGCCCUCCUUCAUCUUUUCCCUUUGA